AAAGGCGGCCACGCGUUAAAGCUUCGGGCCGCAUAGUGCGUGUGUCGGGGGGAGGAGGCGGCGGUGGGUCGGUGCGGAGCGGAGCGGCCCGAGCACCGGGGGGGGAUUUUAAUCCGAUUCCGGCCGGCCCGGAUUGAUUUUAUCGCGAGCGGCUUUUAAAGCGCCUCUCGGCCAUCUCGGCUCUGCGGACGGGGCACCAUGUCCGAAGCGGAGCAGCAGUUGGCGGCCGCCGCCGGCGCCACCCAGAACGGGCACGAAGCGGCCGAGAGCUCCGGGGAGCAGCAGCAGCAGCAGCAGCAGCAGGCCGACACCGGCGGAGCCACGGCGACAGCGACAGCGGGAACGGCAGCGGGAGCCGGCCCUGCGGCGGGGACGGCGGGGGUGACCGCCAGCCAGAACGGGGCCGAAGGAGACCAGAUCAACGCCAGCAAGAACGAGGAGGACGCGGGGAAAAUGUUUGUUGGUGGCCUCAGUUGGGAUACAAGCAAAAAAGACUUGAAAGACUACUUCACCAAGUUUGGUGAGGUAACUGACUGUACGAUAAAGAUGGACCCUAACACAGGAAGAUCCAGGGGCUUUGGAUUUAUACUCUUCAAAGAACCUGGGAGUGUUGAAAAGGUUCUGGAACAGAAAGAACACAGGCUAGAUGGACGACUAAUUGAUCCCAAGAAAGCCAUGGCAAUGAAAAAGGAUCCAGUGAAGAAAAUAUUUGUUGGUGGACUUAACCCCGAAGCCACAGAAGAAAAAAUCAGGGAAUACUUUGGCGAGUUUGGAGAGAUUGAAGCAAUUGAACUUCCAAUGGAUCCAAAGACCAACAAAAGGAGGGGGUUUGUGUUCAUCACUUUCAAGGAAGAAGAUCCAGUGAAGAAAGUUUUGGAGAAGAAAUUCCAUAACGUCAGUGGAAGCAAGUGCGAGAUAAAGGUAGCACAGCCAAAAGAAGUAUACCAGCAGCAACAGUUCAGUAGUGGUGGAGGAAGAGGUAGCUAUGGAGGAAGAGGCAGAGGUGGAAGAGGCGGUGCUCAAAGUCAAAAUUGGAAUCAAGGUUAUGGCAAUUACUGGAACCAGGGUUAUGGGAAUCAAGGAUACGGCUAUCAGCAAGGUUAUGGUGGCUAUGGAGGCUAUGAUUAUUCAGGAUAUGGGUAUUAUGGAUAUGGACCAGGCUAUGAUUACAGUCAAGGCAGUGCAAAUUACGGGAAGACACCAAGGCGUGGUGGCCAUCAGAAUAACUACAAGCCAUAUUGAUCAAACUUAUUCAGGGUGUGAAAACAGAAAAAGCAGCGCAGAAGCCCUAUAAAACAGCCCAAAGCACAGCAUGUUCUUAGAGCAAAACAGAAUGGCAACCAAUAUCUCAACCACCAAAGCAAUGUCUGAAGUACCUAUACAGGGCCUGGUAAUUUCUCUCAUCUUCCCCAAUACACAAACCCCAUUUAUAGAGGCACCCCAAAGUCCUUGUGGAAAAGGGCUCUGCAUUGAUACACACACCAACUUCCCCUGCCUUUGCCUCAUGGAAGAGGCUGUGUGGUGCCAAUUCCUUACGUGGUUGUUCUGCAAACACGGUGAUCCAGUGUCUCCUUUGUCUCCUUUUGGCCCAUCUGCUCCCUAGAAGAUAGGGAUUUUGCAUUGAAGUGUCGCAUCUCCCAAAAAGAACAAGAGAAAAACGCAUUUGUCUGUCCCUAAUUGCCACCCUCCCUUGUUCCAGCAAUAGCUGGGGAACCAUUUGAGCACAGGAGCUUUUCUCCAGGCUGGAGCAGGCAUUUCAUUCAUUCUGAAACAAGCCGCUACCAGCACCAUUAGUUAGGAGCACUCCAAGUCCCCACUUCCUCCAGCUGAAGCAGUGUAACACAGACAGCCCACUGCCCAGCUCAACUAAACCCAACCACACAGUGAGUCUUGCAGGAAUCAAUGCACUGCAGCACAGCAGACGUACCGGUGGACCUGAUAAGCCCAUUUCUCCUGUCUCUCCUUUCGGUCCUGUGAUCCCUGAACUGCCUUGGUCACCCUUUGCUCCUUUGGGACCCUAGAAUUUGACAGCAAACAGACAUAGGUGUUGAAGAAAACCAACCGAAGCAACAACCAACUGCCCUAUUUCUGCCUUUCUGCUGUUUCAGUUUCUUUCCCCCACCAAUUCAUGAAAACAUGUUUUAAUGUUAAAACUCACACAUACCGAUUUUGCAGACGCAGCAGAAUUUUGCUUGGCCACUGCAAUGAAUGCAGCAAUUUAAGGUUCGGGAGGUUUACGUCAUAAUUUGGGACUGUCUCACAAACAACUUGUAAAAGUAGCCCAUUUAACUCAGCAGAUGUGGACAAGAGCAGCAUCUGCGUGCUCAGAGUUGAGUGUUUAACUCGGGGAGGUGCAGCAUUGUAGGGCAGAGGGCUUUAGGGGCAGGCUGACAUUGGCUUUCACAGGGGCAGCCUCCAUAGACAUGCAGUUCACUUUAACUCAGCUCCUGGGCACACUCCUGCACCAUUGCACCCAGUCCAACCACGCCAUGUACCUUUUCUCCAUCCAGCCCAGGUGGACCUGGCAGGCCCAGCUCUCCCUGUAGCAACACAAAGAAAGCAGAGCCAACAGUAAAUUAAAUCAGUAAAUAAGCACAGAGGAACAUUUUGCGAGGAAAGAAGUUACUCGUUUAUGGUGGUUAUGGGUUGAGCAUUGGAGGGUGAGGAGCAGCGGUGAGGGUGACACCCAGAUUUGAUGGGUUUCACAGGCCCAACACAACCUGAGCUGAGGUUGGGCAGCACCAAAAUCCUGCCCUAUCCCAUGUGCUGACACACACUGGUCAACAAGUUAAGUUUUCUUUUAUGGAAACUAUAGCUGAGAGUAAGUUGUUGGUGAUCAGUUACGAACAAGGACAGUGGCAGUGCUGCAGGGGCACAAGCACAGGGUGCAGGCACUGCCCCAGCAUGCUGGUGUGGGGCAGGAGGUAAGCUCACACUGCAACCUGUCACACAACCAAACCCAACUCAGGCAUUUUCACACCCAUCUUCUUCUCCCUCCCACCACAUGCAAAGUCUUUAGAGGAGGACAAGGACCAAGGGAACAGAGCCCCUCUUGGCUGUUCUUGCUUUUUCAGCUGAAGGAAGAUUUCCUUCACCACACACACCCUCAUGUCCUGCCUUAUUUUAGCAGACAUUUCCCCAGCCUCAUUACAUGACAGCCACUAAUGAACACCCAGCUCUCUCAGCAGCACGGCCUGCACGGUGCUGGUCAGCCUUACCUUGGGGCCUGGAGCGCCCUGUGGGCCCGGCGGCCCUGGGGGACCUGGUGAGCCCUAGAAAACAGCCAACAGAAGAGACAUGAGCACAACUGCUUUGCACUGCACCCUCAGUGCCAGCAGAAACACACCCACGAGCUCAGCCCCCGUCACUGGUGUUGGUGCAAGGGAACACACGCCCCGAGCCAUGCAGCAGGCAGGGUGCUGCGGGGUGUUGGUGCAACCCCACAUUUGAUUGUAUUGUUUGCACACUUCAGCAACACCUUCUUCCCGUGCUCUGCUGGGUACAGAGAGCACAGAACACCUUACGCUGUGAUUUGCAAGCUAUCUCAAACAGCAAACUCACAGUCUCCCAGCUGGAAAACAAUCCCGCAUCACACCUUUUGCCCUUCAAACAUUAUCAUGUUAAUCACACUGGAAGCUGCAUCAAGCAAUCACUUCUCCAAGCUCUGUUCCCACUUAUGGUAGACGUGCAAACACACAACAAGCAGAAUGCCCAUGGCUGAGCAGUGCAGUGUGCUCCCGGCCGUGUCCACAUGCACACACAGGGACGUCCUGCAGAUGGAUUCUGCUGCAUCUGCUGGGGCUGCUCCGAGGAGCUCCAUCCACAGCCUCCACUCAUGGAGCUGCAUGCCGUGCUCCUGUCAGAGCAACCCGUGCAGACAUCUGGCAAACGGUAAUUACCACCACUUUGUGUCUCCCUGCAGCCUGUUAUAAAACAAUUAGGAUGGUUCUCAAAUGUGUCUGUAAUUAAGUAUUUAUUCUGUUCACCAUCUUUUAACUUAACACAAGCAGCAGGGAGAGGCCUGGCAGGCACUGGGGCAGGUUAGCACCCAGGCACUGCACCCGAUCCUCUCAUUGCCUUCAAAGACACCCAGAGACAAUUUACAGUGAAAGCCACUCACAGAGUGGAAUAAACCCUUCCCCUCUGGGCUGGCUCCGUGCUAAGACCUCAGGAAGGAGAAGUAGCACAGGGCUUCAGCACCCCGCAUCACCCCCAGGAACCAGCUCACCUUGAGUGCAUCCAGGAUGCGGCCGUCGUAGUCGAUCACCACUGUGUCACCCUGUUCCCCUUUCAGGCCAGGGGGACCCUGCAACCGAGGAUAAACCCUGCUUAGUUUUUGCAGCACCUGAGAGGCAGGCUGUGUGAUUACCAGGCACCAAUGUAAUCAGUUCCUAGACAGACAGCUGUCAUCCAUCCAAACCUGAAAAGCCCAUCAAUGUACGUAAACUGAGAGGUGCAUCAAAAUCACCACUUGAGCAACCCUAUUCACAGCUUCUUACAACAAACCGAAAACGAUGACAGGAUGGUCACGCUGAUAAGAAAAUCAAGUCUCUACAGCAUUUCCCAGUGCUGUCUCCAUGGGCAGUAUUUGGUAUUGUUUCAAUAAGCACCAUCUGUAUUUCCUAACACAGAACUGAUCCUUACGCUAUUUGACAACAUGCUAAACAGGAGGAGGUGCUGUGGGGCAACUCAGGGCAUGGCAAACCACAGCAAACACUAAAAGCAAAAUCCUGAACAUACGUACCCGGGGUCCGAUGGAGCCGACUCCUCCCUUCUCACCAGGUUCACCCUGAAAACACAGAUCAAACUUUUUGUUUCAGAAACACC